GGUCGUCCUUCCACAUGACUUAGUACGAACUACGGACAGCACAGUCCCUGACUCGUGAGUACGAAACUUAAAAAAAUUUGGUCGGUCUGUUUCCGAUGAGAGCACCUUGAUGCCGCUAGGCUUUACACACCGACGACGCUCCAGGCCGCCCAUUUACGACAAUUUAAUAUACGUCAGUCCUAUUUUUUCGGGCCAGGAGUAAUUUCUAGAAAGGAAGCUGCAUGUAUUGACCGAGCAAGACGAACAAAAAUGAUUGAUUGAGAUGAGGUCUCAUUGUCAAGGCCUCUUUCUGACUUCCACUCAUUUGACUUCCAUCACCAUCCCUUUCAAUGAGCAUAUCCUCCUCACAGGCUGCAUUUGCUACCGAAAACAGCGUCUUUGCCUAUGUGCAGAUUGCUGCCACUGCAGCUGCCUUGUAUGAUCACAUUCUCUUCUUUGGCCGUGAAAUAGAGCUCAUAUGGGGGACUGCGCCAUCUAUCGUUACAGUGUUGUAUAUCAUAGACCGCUACUUGGGCGAUGCAGUGCUCCUAGCGGGUGUCUGCCUUUGUUUUACGAGCUCAAGUUCGGAACAGGGUUUACAACUGUUCCGAUUUCGUGCUUGGGGAACGCUAGCUUACACAUGGGCUACCCAGGCGAUCAUGCUUCUGCGCAUAUAUGCGAUGUAUAGGCGUUCCACUAAAAUCUUAUCAUUCCUUCUUUUCUCGUUUUUCGCAGAGAUUGUAGCAAUUGCUAUCAUCAUCUCCCAUUUCAUCGGACCUGGAAGCGGAUUGGAGGUUGAACUAAGUAACCGCUUUUCGUCCUCCCAAGCACAAUUUUGCUUGUUUUUCGGCGUGAACGGGAGUUUCACUUACCUCCUUAUUCCGGUGCUCUGUUUCGAGACCGUCCUCUUCCUUCUUGCCGCAAAGGUGUAUUGUGCGCAUUUACGGGAGACAAAUCAAUUGCGAACGAUUGGGGGACCAAGAGAGAUGAACUCUUUCACUAGGGUGCUGGCAAGGGACAGCAUUUUCUAUUUCUUCAUGAAUCUCGUGAUGUGCGCAGUCGUCAUGGGUAUCUGGCAAAGCGUCACUUCUCGCUACGCAAAUAUUUGCGUGCCGCUCGUGAUGCUGCUUGAGAUUCUCGUCGGGACGCGGCUUGUCAUCAACUUCCGAGAGCGAUUCUAUGAUCCGGAUAGGGGCAAUGUCAAUUUGAAUCGGUAUAGCGAAGUCAUCGGGGACCAUUUUCAAAUGCGCCAGUUUCGGAUCGCUUGCGAAGUUGAGAGUGUGACUGUCACGGUAGUUGAUGGCGAGAAAUGCUGAGGUCAUUCAUGUCAAAUCAUACCAUUCGUCACCUGUUGAGCAGGGAGAAAUACUGUGUACAUA